CAACCGCACGAUCCAGUUACUGUAGCUGCCUGCUGCAAUGAAAAUAUCUUCGUUGGUGGGUGGAUAUAUGGGCCCAGUUCCAUCAUUUUUUUCCCAAACACUGACUGAGUGAAGGUGAGCCACUGGAGACGGUAUGUGGUGGAUACUAUGGCUUACAGCCAGCGAAUGCCUCUUAGGAGCCGACAGCUGGCCGCCUUACCCCAUCCUGUAGACGGGCCCCCUCUGUCUGAGCUCCUAGCGUCUCUCUCUACAUACCUUUUGACUUCAUGAAGAUCCCUGACAUCGGUGAUGUAAUGAAUAAAUUUGAAGUCCUUGGGAUUGUGGGUGAAGGUGCCUAUGGUGUUGUUUUGAAGUGCCGACACAAGGACACCAAUGAAAUUGUGGCCAUUAAAAAAUUCAAGGACAGCGAAGAGAAUGAGGAAGUUAAAGAAACGACGCUACGGGAGCUUAAAAUGCUCCGCACCCUCAAGCAGGAGAAUAUUGUGGAGUUGAAAGAGGCCUUCCGCAGAAGAGGAAAGCUUUAUCUUGUGUUUGAGUAUGUGGAGAAGAACAUGCUUGAGUUGCUUGAGGAGCUGCCCAAUGGAGUACCAACAGAGAAAGCACGCAGCUACAUCUUCCAGUUAAUCAAAGCAAUUCACUGGUGCCAUAAACAUGACAUUGUUCACCGAGACAUAAAGCCAGAAAACCUUCUCAUCAGCUCUGACGACGUCCUCAAGUUAUGUGACUUUGGCUUUGCACGUAAUCUCUCUGAAGGGACUGAUGCCAAUUACACGGAGUAUGUGGCCACUAGAUGGUACCGCUCUCCAGAGCUCCUGCUUGGGGCUCCUUACGGGAAGGCAGUGGACAUGUGGUCAGUGGGCUGCAUCUUAGGAGAGCUGAGCGAUGGUCAGCCUCUAUUCCCAGGAGAGAGUGAGAUCGACCAGCUCUUUACCAUCCAGAAAGUGUUGGGACCCCUGCCACCAGAACAGAUGAAGCUCUUCUAUAACAACCCUCGCUUCCACGGGCUGCGGUUCCCUGCUGUGAACCACCCCCAAACCUUGGAGCGAAGAUACCUGGGAAUCAUUGGUGGAGCCAUGUUGGACCUACUGAAGAGUUUGCUGUUACUGAACCCGACUGAACGCUUUCUAACAGAGCAGAGCCUGAACCACCACGCCUUCCAGACCUUGCGGCUCGUGGAUCGGCAGGGCCCGCCCACUCCUACACCUGUACGCUCAUCCAAGAGAAAACCUCACCAUGGAGAUAACACCACCCCCAGCAGGAGCCACGGGGGAAAGAGCUCAGGAAGUCACCGCUCCAGCAGCAGAGAAUGCUCCAGCUUGCCACGGCAUGAAGACCUCCAUCCCAGCAAUGACAGCUUUCUCAAUGGCAACAUGACCGCAGCGAUCAACCUCAGUCCCACCCUUCAUCCCAAGAACUACCAGCCACAGAUCUUUAACCACUCCACCUCGUGCAACAUGGAUCUGGCCAGCAGUAACCUGCCUCACCUGCUCGGCACCGGUGAAGCCAAGAGCAAGGGCGACUUCGAAAUGAACCUGGGGUCCAAAGGGUCUGACGGCCCCGGAGCCAAGUACCUCAAAUCCAACUUCCGUUCACAGCAGAACCGCCAUUCUUUUGUGGAGGGGAAGACCAACACACUUCAGUCAGGGGACAAACACAGUCGACAUGGCUACAUGGAGUCUCAUGGCUCCACACAGUCAUCUUCAAAGUUUGCAUAUCUGAACUUGUCCAAAAGCUAUGGUACACUUAGUGAUGCCAAGUCAGUGGGGAAUUUGAAUGAUGUGCAUCUUUACGCUGACGAACCAACAUCUCGAUACUUUCCCUCCAGUUGCCUUGACCUCACAGCCCCGAGCAGCCCAGCAGCCCGCAGGGUCGACAGACUGGGACCAGGAACAGCUGGCAGAGGAAGUAUGCGCACUGACAGGGAAAGCAACACCUUGGACUCCUCCUACAGGCGCUCUUCCACUCGCCACAAAGCCUCAGAGGAGGCCAAGUCACCAGACUCCCUUGAUCCAGGGGAAGGAGGGGUUGAAAGGAGCCAUGGCCACUCUCUGUCGGCCCCACAUGACCCUCUGGCUUACGGCCAGGGAUACACCAGCCCCUUCUCCUCCCAGCAGCGACCGCACCGCCACUCCAUGUACGUACGCAGGGACCACCAGAGGACGCACGGGACAGACGAAGGGCUGUCGGUGGGACAGGGCCUGCCCACCAGAGCCAGCAGCCUCCAGCUCCUGUCUCCACAGCUACAGCACCGCACACUGCCUCGCCAUUCUGGAGGUUCCUCCAGAGAAGAAGACAUGAGCAGGAGCGAACAAGCACCCACUGAGGUCACCCACAGCAGACCCCCAAUAAGGGACUCAACAAGGGACAACACCGCAUCUUUUCACACACAGCGGCAAAAAAGCGAGGUUGGCUUAUAUCAUGACCAGCAAGCAGAAGAUGGGGGGUCUUCAAAAGAGAACCGUAACAUCUACAGCGAGUCGAUGCCGAGGAGGGUGGGCAGCUUCUACAGAGUCCCUUCUCCUCGGCCAGACAACUCCUUCCAUGACACCAGGGGUCAGAGCCGAGGUUCGGGCAUGGCAGGGGAAGGCAGCGGUUUGACGAACCACUCCAAACGUCAGCCGGCCUUUGACCCCUGGACUGGUCCAGACACUGUAGUUUUAAACCCCUCUGAGCCAUCCAAAGAAAAGGAGAAGCAGGGUUUCUUCAGAGCAAUAAAGAAGAAAAAGAAAAAAUCCCAACUGAUGGACGUCCCCGAGGGAAGACCUCCUGUCAUCAAGAAAUGUCUUUUCCCUCUGUUUAGUCCAAAGAAUAAUAUAAAGCGUAGUUCCUCUGUGAGAGUCCUUCCUGUAGUGUCCUCUCCCAUGGUUCCCAGUGAAGGUGUGGAUACAGUCCUUCAGAAGGGCUCCAGGUCAUCCAGCCAUCAGAGCAGCCGCCACAGGUCACGUGACAAGAGCCGAGACCGCGACCAAGACCGUGACAGGGACAAGGACUGGCCACCAGAGAAACUGUCUGACUCACACUCUCCGAGUCAGCCACUAAAGUCACUGCGCAAACUCCUGCACCUUUCAUCCUCAUCGUCCAACCAGACGCCACCCUCUGAUAUGCGCUACCAGCCACUACCCAAUCCAAACUCUGCUCAAGGUGGUUUCACUGAAAGCCGGGGUCACUCAGGGGUCAGUACGCCCCAACUGAAGAGCCGCCAGUCAGCCUACCCGAUGCCCACUCAGCUGGAGUCUGGCUGGCACACGUCCGCCUUGGGCCGUCCCGAAGGCAACCCCUACCCGGAGCAAAUGAGCAUCAAGGGAGGUCAGAACGGGCACGGCUUCGGACGGCCCUCCCGGUCUCGGAUGCCAAACCUAAACGACCUGAAAGAGACGGCUCUGUGAUCCCCUCCCCCUCCCUCUGCCAGUCUCUGCUGUAGUUCAGACUUUCCCCUCUGUUGCUCCUACACCUUCCUUACGUAACCCUACACCUGCUGAAUACACAAACACACACACACACACACACACACAAACACACAGAUACCAAACCUUAAGUUUUAAACACUGCUUGCAAACAGGCCAAAAGCAUAGGCCUUUUUAUGUCUUAAUUUUUUUAAAGCUUCCAUGUUUGAUAGACUUUAUAUUAAUACUUAUGUAAUUCUGAUUAUAAUUUGUACUAUAUAGUAAAUAUAUUCAAAUUAAAUAUAUAUAAAUGGAUAGAUGAAGUGUAGAUUUUAAGUGUAAGUAUUUUUGUUUCUAAUGAAUAGAAAUAUAGUACAUUUUACUGCGUAGUAUUUCCUUUAGACUAUCUAAGGCAUUCUAAAUGAAUCAAGUUUUAUCAGUUGUUACUAUAGAGGUCGGUAAUGUCAGUAACUUUGUGUUCAUCUCACCCAGGAUUGCAACUCUUGUCCAAGCUGUUUUGCCUUUGGAUGUGCUCUGUCAUACAGGUUACAGAUGCUGCUGAAGUACACUGUAUGUUGCACAAACAAGUGGAAGAAAUCUUAAAAGUAUCGCUGUAGUGCCAUUAAUCUGACAAUCUAAAAAGCUUAUAUAUGAGACUUCUGUUUUUUUAGGAUAUUUAGAUUUUUAUGUCUUCUUGAAAUGCAGCCAUUUUAGAGACUAUGGUGCCAUAAACUGACAGAAACCCUAACCUACAUCGCCCUCUGUAGGAUAUAAUGAAGCAAUGCACUUACUGUUCUAUGAUUACAUGUACUAACGUCUAGGCACUGACUAAUAACACACAGUAUUAUUGUCAUAGUGUAAUACAGAUAUUGAAUCUAUGGUUACAUUUCAAUCAUUUCCAAUGGAACUAACAGUAUAACUGUACCGAAGGUCACAAACAUUAAAAUGUUAUAUAUUACAUGUAAAAUAGAUCAAUCCUACAGCGGUAACACCUUGAUACUUUGCACAGCUUUGAGUAAACUUUAAGGGUCUGGUUUAUGGCAAAGAACAUCUGAAGUUGAUAUUGAGGGAUCUGAGUCUGCCUGAUAACUUCCCUUACAAACAGGAUUGAGGAUUUCACAAAAAGCUGCUUCCAAGUGGCUCCACUCGUUAUUGAUAAGUUAAAGAAAUGUACGAAUACAUUUACAAAUAUUACAUUCUUUUUGGCUGCUGUAAGGAUGUUAUUUAUUGCUUUCUUUCCUUAACUUUAGUCGUUUUUACAGCAGUUAGAAGAAGACAAAAGCCAUUCUGGGUGUACCAGUGCAUUUUGAACCGGUGGAGCUGCUUGGGACGAGGUUUUAAGAAAUCUUAUCGUGGAACCACAGUGUUUUGCAGAAGCUCUGUACUGUAACACUGUUUCCCACAUGAGAAAAAGUGCCAUGAAAGUAGCUUGGCAGAACUGAAUUCUUUUUUUUUUCUUUAAUGUUGCACUUUGAACCUGUGUGGGGCAGCAAUAUUGCUAUGACUCUGUAAAUUCUUCCUCACCUUCUCUUUAUCAUGUGCACAGUGUGUGAAGGUUGAAACACAGAGCCGCAGGUACACACUGAGUCCAGCCAUGACUGUAUUGUAUUGUGUAUUUGUGCAUCUGUAAGGACUGUGCACACUCUGUACUUGACACAAUACAUCUCUUCUCUCCUUGGAUUCUUGUUUUGCUGAAGGAGCACCGUGUAUUAUAUUAAUACUGAUGUGUGACUACUUGUUUGGUAAUAUUUAUAACAGAAGAUGUUUAUCAGCUGUUUAAAUGAAAUCAAGUAUUAAGUUUGUGCUUUUAUUACAGACACAAAUUAGUAGCAUAGUCAGUGUUUAUCUGCUUUUUUUUCCACAGAGCAUUUACAUGAGAACAUAAACCCACAGAUGAAUGCUUAACAAUUUUAGAAUAUUCAUGUUUACAUAUGUAACAGUGAAUCUCAAAUAAAACCAACUCCUUUGA